AUGCCCGUUUACUAUAAGCAUUUGCCGGAAAUAAGCUGUAAGCAAAACAAAUCUCCGCUCCUCCACUGCUUUUGGCUGCACAUUAAUCACUUCAAAUUUAUUCCCCCCGUUUACGGCAGGUACGGCAAUCGUCAGCAAUCGUCCGGAGGAUUCCGAGGAGGCAACCAGGGUGGUGGCCGUUCCAUGAAUGGAGGUGGCUUCCGCGGUGGCGAUCGCAACUCGGGUGGAUCCCGUGGCGGAAUGGGUGGAGGCGGUGGUUUUGGCGGCAAUCGAGGUGGUGGAUUUGGCGGCGAUCGGCAAGCCAACAACGGUGCCUCGCUGCGCACGCUAAAGUGGACAAACGAAGAGCUGACCCCGUUCGAGAAGGACUUCUACAAACCAUCGGAUUUUAUUACCAACCUCUCGGAGGGCGAAGUGAAGGGAUACCUGGACAAACUGGAAAUCACGCUCAAAGGCAAGAACAUUCCCCGACCCAGUAUGGAAUUUGAUCACGGUGGUCUACCGGACUACAUCCUGGAGGAAGCGAACAAGCAAGGCUUCGCCAAACCCACGGCUAUCCAGGCUCAGGGCAUGCCAAUUGCCCUAAGUGGGCGUGACAUGGUGGGAAUCGCUCAAACAGGCUCGGGAAAAACGCUGGCUUACAUUGCCCCAGCAUUGGUGCAUCUUACGCAUCAGGAUCAGCUUCGUCGCGGAGAAGGUCCGAUCGCACUUGUACUGGCACCAACGCGUGAGCUGGCUCAACAAAUUCAACAGGUUGCCACGGAUUUCGGACAGCGAAUCAACGCAAACAAUACCUGCGUGUUUGGAGGAGCCCCGAAGGGACCGCAAAUCCGUGACUUGGAACGUGGUGCGGAAAUUGUCAUUGCCACACCUGGUCGUUUGAUUGAUUUCCUCGAACGAGGAAUAACUAACCUGCGUCGGUGCACCUAUCUGGUGCUUGAUGAAGCUGACCGCAUGCUUGAUAUGGGUUUUGAACCACAAAUUCGUAAGAUCAUGGGACAGAUCCGUCCCGAUCGCCAAGUGCUCAUGUGGUCCGCCACAUGGCCCAAAGAAGUUCGCAACCUGGCAGAAGAAUUUUUGAACGAUUACAUUCAGAUCAACAUUGGAUCGCUGAAUUUGUCUGCAAAUCAUAACAUUUUGCAAAUUGUUGAUGUUUGCGAGGACUACGAGAAGGAUCAGAAGCUCAUGAAGCUGCUGACGGAAAUCUCUGCGGAGAAUGAGACAAAGACGAUUAUCUUCGUCGAAACAAAACGGCGGGUGGACGAUAUCACCCGCAACAUCAACCGUAACGGUUGGAGAGCCGUGUCAAUUCAUGGCGACAAAUCGCAGCAAGAGCGCGAUUACGUUCUGAAUGCAUUCCGAAAUGGACGCCAGGGUAUUCUGGUGGCCACUGACGUCGCUGCACGUGGACUUGAUGUCGAAGACGUGAAGUUUGUAAUCAAUUACGACUACCCGUCAAACUCAGAAGAUUACGUCCACCGUAUUGGUAGAACCGGCCGUUCUAACAAUACCGGCACCGCAUACACGCUGUUCACCAAUUCCAACGCAAACAAGGCCGGCGACCUCAUCAACGUCCUUCAGGAGGCCAAUCAGGUUAUCAACCCUAAGCUAGCUGAAAUGGCCAAACCGGGCAUGAACAGACACGGACAACGCCACAACAGGUACGGAAACCGCUACGGAGGUCAGCAGAACAGGCCACCACGCGACGGAGGCUUCGGUGGACAGCGCAACGAUGGAGGCAACCGUUUCGGCGGCGGUGGCAUGAACAACGGAAACAAAUUCGGCGGACCGCGCGGGGAUGCUGGCGGUGACAAGUACGGUUCGAAACCGGCUCAGAACGGUGGCUACCAGCAACGUGAUCAGAACCGAAUGCCCAAUGGAUCUGGACCACCAUCGGGAGCCCGUCCGAGUCGAUUCUCUGCUCCGGCCAACGCACCUCCAUCAUUCUCGUCCAGUUCAAACGGUGGGAACAAUUACAAUAAGGGUAAUUACCAGAACGGUGGCUCUUCCGGCGGAAACAGUGGUCCAACAAGCAAUGGUUACGGAUCGUACAAACCUUACACAUCUGCACCUCCGUCCCAAAAUGCUAACGGUGGAGCGUCCUUUGGCGGAUACGCCAGAAGUACACAGGCCGCUCCUGCCGCGUAUCCGUCGUUCGGUGGUGCUCUGCCACAACCUGGACAAGCAUUUGCAUUCCCCCCACCUGCAGUUGCGAUGAAUUAGGUCUUUUAAGUUAAUCAUCCCUUGAAUUCAUUCUUAUCUCAUAAUUAUUUUAUUGACACCAUCUAAUCCAUAGAACAAGUGUGAUUACUUAGUUUUACCUGUGAACAUGAUACAAAACCUAGCAAACGAAGUAUCUAGGAUUAAGGACGUCCUAUUUAUUUAAUUGAUUGUUAUUAGCAGGUACUGAUUCAAAACAAAGAAUGUAAGAAUUUGCACUUUCAUGUAGCUGCGAGUUGGGUUUUUACCUUUUCCUCUUUUUUUACUAUCCUCGAUGCGAUUGAUUAUAUAAAUGUGAUAAUGGUAGUACAUAAAAUCCACCAAACAAAACAAAAAAAUCAGAAA